AUGGAAAAGGAGAGAAGACUCUUUUGCACCCUUCCUUUCUUAAACCUCUACUCCCCCGACCACCUCCUCGGCUCCGGCACGGCCCGGCAGGCCUCCUCCCGCCAGCACCGGCUGGCCAUCUCCAGCUUCGACGUGCGCGCGCUCGACGCCACCCCGACGCCCCACGCGGAGUCCGAUUGGCUCGGAGAAGAGUACCCACCCUACGCUGAUGGUGCAGGCUACAUUGUUUCCUCUGACAUUGCAAAUUUCGUCGUAUCUGAAAUGGAAAAUGGAAGACUAAAUCUGUUCAAGAUGGAGGAUGUGAGCAUGGGGAUGUGGGUGGGGCAGUUCAACGGCUCGGGGACAGGGAACGCCGUGGCGUACAUCCACAUCGCCAGGUUCUGCCAAUCCGGCUACGUCGACUACUACCUCACCGCACACUACCAAUCGCCAGCGCAAAUGGUAUGCCUCUGGGAAAAGCUGGGGCAAGGCAAGCCGCAGUGCUGCAACGCAAGGUGACUCGAAGCUCUCGCUCUGAAAGGUGAAACCUCACCGCCCUGGGAUAGGUAGGCUAAGCACAGUUUCAGGAGCAACUUGGCAAGUAAGCUUUAGGAGAAAACAUGAUGCAUGUCAUACAUCUGCACGGCAUAUGCACAGUCAGUACAUGAUAGGAGGGUAUAGCUCGGUCUUUUCAGUGACCGGAAUCAGUGGUAACCACAAAAUAUGUCGGAUCAAGGUAUAGUUGACACAUCAUAUCUGUAACAUAAAUGAUCCAUAUCAUAGUCAUCUCUUGGCACAUAGAUUAUACAUAUCAUGGUAUACUCCCUUGAGCUUUUUAUGGUAUCUUCUACUGAUCGU